AAUCUUCCGCCAGCAGGUUAACUAGUCCCGUCGCUACUUCGCGCCGCAGAUAAUUUCUAGGGAUCUGUUCCAGCCCUGCACUGCAUAGGAAUCGCUAAUAAUUAAGUAAAUUGGAGGACAGUCGCUGCUAAGGGUCAUCAGAAUUCCCCUCCUCUGAGGAUUUUCCUCCGGCGCGGGCGUAAGGCUCCCGAGCUAUAUAAGAGCGUCCGGUGGGGCGCCGGAUCCUCUCUCGGGUCUAGACUCCAAGAUGACCAAAAAAAGGAGAAACAACGGCCGAGCUAAAAAAGGCCGCGGCCACGUGCAGCCGAUUCGCUGCACGAACUGCGCCCGCUGCGUACCCAAGGACAAGGCCAUUAAGAAGUUCGUCAUUCGGAACAUUGUGGAGGCCGCUGCUGUGAGGGACAUAUCCGAAGCAAGUGUCUUCGACGCUUACGUGCUUCCCAAACUUUAUGUCAAGCUGCAUUACUGCGUGAGCUGCGCCAUUCACAGCAAGGUGGUUAGGAAUCGAUCCCGUGAGGCCCGGAAGGACCGAACACCUCCACCGCGAUUUAGACCUGCUGGUGCUGCACCACGACCUCCACCAAAGCCCAUGUAAAGACAAAGGUGUUUGUGACAGAAGGACAGAAAAAAUACUCUGGACAAAUAAAAUGGAAGUUACACUUUA